GUGACAAUAAAAGAGAGAGAGAGAGAGAGAGAGAGAGAGAGAGAGAAAGAGAGGGAGAGAAGGAUUGGCUAAAAAUUCGUUCAUCAAUGCUUACCGAAGCCACAAAGUAAGGAGAAUAUUCUGCAUAAGAAUAUAUAAGAAGAAUAAAAAGGAGAAGAGUUCAGGAGGAUGUCGUUGCCGCGAGGUGUCGGACUCGGCGUCGAUGUCGGUCAACUGAUGCAGCAUCAGCAACAACAACAUCAUCAGCAGCAACAUCACGUAUUACCAGCAGCCUUUUUUCUACGAGCCAGUGCUGAGAGAUAUCAGAGGACACCGAAGUGUGCUAGAUGUCGUAAUCAUGGAGUCGUUUCCGCCCUUAAGGGACACAAGCGUUACUGCCGAUGGAGGGACUGCGUGUGUGCGAAAUGUACCCUUAUCGCUGAAAGGCAACGCGUUAUGGCAGCUCAGGUUGCUCUAAGAAGGCAGCAGGCUCAAGAAGAGAGCGAAGCUCGUGAACUUGGUUUGCAACUGCAGUACAAUACCAGCAGCUGCACUGGUACACCGGUAUUGUCUGGAACGGCCACAGCAACGACACCAGCCGAUAGUCCAUCUCCGCAUCCGGUCCACGUUGCGAAUCCGACGGGCCUGGCUAUUCCAGCCGCGGCUGCCGCAGCAGCCGCGGCCGCAGCGGCAGCUCAUAUCCAAACGCAGUUGACGCAACCAGAAUGUGGUAUACUACAGCGAAAAAGAUCGAUCCAAGACGAUUACAGACAGCCGAAACAAGAGAAACCUGACUCGAUCGUCGGUGGUUCGAAGAGAACGAGACUUUCCGAUCAUACCAAAGGAACGAUAUUAGCCGGGGAUGAUACGGGAAACGAAGAUGAUCGUGAAUCAGAUUCAGGUGGCGAGCUUCGUGCCAAUCAUCCACUUGUUGUUUCUAGCCCAGUCGAUAGUCAAGACGCCGAAAUAGCAAGAAUGCGUACAAAUAGUCUGAACGAUUCUGAGGAAGGAAGUCCAGAGCCAGGUUCUUCGAGUCCCACGCAUACACCACCCUUAACGCCUGCACUUACACCACAAAGAGAAAGUACACCAGCUCCGGAAAACCUCAGCUUGCGUAAAAGUGGAAGUCCGCCACAGACACAGCAAACUCCACAGGCGGUCGAUCUCGUGCAACCCAGACCAAGUCCGCCAUUAGCCUCACUGGCAGAAAAUCCGUAUUCUAUGCUUCAGGCCGCAGCAACGUCGGUCCAUUUUCCUACUUAUGCACCACUUUAUGGACCAGCGGUCAGUUCUUUGUACUGUUCCCCCACAAUUUAUCAACAUCAACAUCAUCCAAACGUACACGAACCACGAGAAAUUCAAAUGCAAAUGCAAAUGCAAAAUAUUCAACAACCUUGUGGUAUACCAGUCCAACAGCAACAACAACAACAACAACAACAACAACAACAACAACAAAGAUCGCCAGUCGAUGUUCUUCUUCGCGUAUUUCCUGGACGACGUCGAGCCGAUGUGGAAGCCCUAUUACAUCGAUAUAAAGGUGAUGUGGUAUCAGCGAUGGAAGUGCUAGUCUGUGAGGAUAAUCUUCAACCAAAGUCAGCGUUCUCACCAUUGGCGGGUGCCUUGGCUUCAGCAGCAGCUGCUUCGGCAUCAGUUUCGGCAGGCUAUACGACACGCAGUGCUUACUGUACCACACCGAUCCCAUCAACGAGACAUAGAUUUCUCGCAGCACCUUACGCCGGUACUGGUUACCUUCCAACCGUGAUAAAACCACCGAAUCAAAGUCUUCACGCCAAUGGUACAGGUGAUGCCUAUCGAGAAACAUCACCGGAUGACGCCAGUGAUAAGACCAGUUAUUCCGAGUGACCUGAACAAGAGAGGACCACUGUUUGGUCAUAUUUGCAGUAGUCGAGGAUAUCUUUCGGCCGCCAUUUCCUCCGAGAAGAACACAAGCUACCUAGGCUAUUAAUAAAAGUCAAAAAGGAGAGCUGUUAUUUUAAAAGCUAAACGGUAAAUGAAUUACAUAUUAUCGUUCUCUCCAUUCAAUUUUCUUCCAACUCGGACUCGAUACCAAUAUGGCGGUUCUAGAAAAAUCACGUCCUACCCAUUAAAAUUAAUUUUUUUUCUCACAAGUUUCUGAUAAACAUAAAUCAUCGUUAUUAUCAUCCGAAUGAUAUUUUUAUUUUCACAAUAA